UAGGAUGGUGUGUAGUGGUAGAUGCACAUCAAGCCUGAGGUGUUCUAGAGAUAGAUCUACCAGAGCUAUUCUCUAUGGCAUACCGAAGUAUUGUUUCCAUGGCUGCCGUUGCAUUAAUCCUUCUAGUCUUCAUAGCAAUCCCGUCAGGAGCACGACCCAUUGGAGUCGUUUAUGGAACUCAAGGAAACAACCUGCCCCCACCAAAUGAAGUAGUGGAUCUCUACAAAUCUAAGAACAUCAAAGCAAUGAGACUUUAUGAUCCAAACCAAGCUGUUCUCCAGGCCCUCAAGGGUUCCAACAUUCAACUCUUGUUAGAUGUCCCCAACGCAGAUCUCCAAUCAUUAGCCUCUAGUCCAUCAGCAGCCAAUGACUGGGUGCAGAGAAAUGUGAAGGCUUAUGUCCCUGAUGUCUUAUUUAAAUACAUUGCAGUUGGUAAUCAAGUGAUCCCUGGAGAUCAAGCCCAGUAUGUGCUCCCUGCCAUGAAAAAUAUCCACUCUGCUUUGUCCUCAGCAGGCCUACAAAACGAAAUCAAAGUCUCCACUUCAAUUGCCACCGGGCGUGAAGUCCUUGAGCAAUAUUCACCUCCCUCAUCCAGCAGACUCUCUUCUGCUGCAUCAACAUACUUAGGACCAACAGUUCAAUUUUUGUCCAGCAAUGGAGCCCCACUGCUAGUAAACUUGUACACCUACAGAAAUUACAUCGGCGAUCCGAACCACAUCGGGACUGAGUAUGCCUUGUUUACUUCUCCAACGACUGUCAUACAAGAUGGACAAUAUAACUAUCAGCACCUCUUCGAUACUAUAAUGGAUGCAAUUUAUGUGGCAUUGGAGAAGCUUGGAGGGUCUAAUGUGACGAUUGUGGUGUCGGAGAGUGGUUGGCCAUCAGCUGAUGGUCUUGGAGCAUCCGUUGACAAUGCAAGGACAUAUAAUCAAAAUUUGAUUAACCAUGUUGGUCAAGGAACACCAAGAAGACCCGGAAAGGCUAUAGAAGCCUACAUAUUUGAGAUGUUUAAUGAGAACCAGAAACCACAAGGGGCAGAGCAACACUUCGGGCUGUUCUACCCUGAUAAGCAGCCAGUCUACCAGAUCAACUUCCCUUGAAAAUUAAUGUGAUUGAGAACUAUGAAUAAAGAGUAACACCUAAAAUAAACCAUUGGAAGCACCUGACUAAGUUUUCCUUCCAGAACAUAUGUACUUGAAGUUAUCCAUAUUAAAUAAAGUUCAUGUGCUUGGAUGGUUUUAUGAAUAAAUAUAUCUUCAUCUGAGUUAUUUUGAAA